GUCAACCUGAGAGGUGUGUUUGCAGCUAUCAGAUAAAAACUAUUGGACAGUAAGUUAAACUGUCGACAGAAUGGAUUGUCCAUGGAGCUGUGCUGAUGGAUAGAACUUUAGAAGAUAUUUGUUGUCCUCUUUGCUCCAAUAAUGAAGCAUUGUUGUGGAUAUAACUACUAUAAUCUUACUGUGUUGUGUGUGUGUUUCACAUUCACAUGUUCUUAAUGUGUAACAUGUCUUUUCAUAGCCGAAGUCAGUUAAACAGCACCGUGACCGGGCCACAUCAGGGAGUUCUGGGGGUGGUGUUAUUUUCCAUUGUGACAACGCUGCCAUGCUGUGUGUUUCUUUUCAUUAACCUGACCAUGUUGUACACUCUGAGGAGUAAACAGGUGUUUCGGGACACCUCCCGGUAUGUCCUUCUGUUUAACCUUCUGUUUGCAGACACCGUACAGCUGACCCUCAGUCAGUCCUUGUUUCUACUGUCUUCUGGCAGCUUAACGCUGCUGUAUCCUGUGUGUGCUGCUCUGACAGCUUUCAGCAGCCUAAUGUUCUCUGUCUCUUUCGUCACGCUGGUCAGUAUGUGCUUAGAGAGGUACAUAGCUGUAUGCUAUCCUCUCAGACACAGCACCAUCGUCACCACCAGAAACACAGGGGUGGUUAUCUGUGUUAUUUGGUGUGUCAGCUCUUCUCAUGUCAUCAUUCAGCUAAGUUUAAUGCUUUCUAAGUUUUCAUUUCAAGACCUGCAGAACAUGCAGAUGAUGUAUUUUUGUGGAAAGGAGAGUGUUUUUCUUGAUCCAGCGUCUGAUCUUUACGACAGAGCUUUCACCUAUUUCCUGUUCGUGUUAGGAGGUGUAACCGUCACCAUCUCUUAUACUGGCAUCAUGGUAGCAGCUCGCUCAGCCUCCACUGACAAGGCUUCAGCCAGCAAGGCUCGAAGGACUCUGCUGCUGCAUCUGCUGCAGAUGGGCCUCACAACGUCCUCCACCAUAUACAACUCACUGCUCAUAGUUAUCACCAGUAAUCUAGACAGGGUUCCAGCUGUGCGCCUGCAGGUUGUUCUUUAUGUUUGUGUUAUUGUCCUUCCUAAAUGUCUGAGCUCCCUUAUCUACGGCCUCAGAGACCAGACCAUCAGGCCCAUCCUCAUGUUGAACCUCAGCUGUCAUUGCAGAGGCUCCGUUUUCAUUCCUGUUGUACAAACCAAGAAUAAAAUCAGAAUACAUGUUACCUGA